GGCUAGAUUGUCAGAGACUCUGUCCUAUGGACCCCUGAUUGUAAUUAGAAACAGAAUCAGAGUGAGACAUCUUCCUUCGCUCCAAGCUCCUUUUUGGUUAGACCACAUUUGGCCCCGCCUAUUGUCACUUUGGGAAGUGGGCGUGGCGGUACGUUGUGCUCCUGUUCUAUCGUCCAGGUGUUCUUUGCAGUCCAGUCUCUACGCUCCUUCUGCGGUUGUUUUUGUGGAAACAUGGCGACGCCACUGACGGACCAGGAGAAGCGGAAGCAGAUCAGUGUUCGUGGCAUCGCGGGGCUCGGCGACGUAGCGGAGAUCAAGCGCACUUUUAACCGACACCUCCACUUCACCCUUGUGAAGGACCGGAACGUCGCCACACCCCGAGACUACUACUUCGCUCUGGCCCACACCGUCCGGGACCACCUGGUGGGCCGCUGGAUCCGAACGCAGCAGUACUACUAUGAGAAGGACCCCAAGAGAGUUUAUUAUCUGUCUCUGGAGUUCUACAUGGGCCGAGCACUGCAGAACACCAUGAUCAACCUGGGCCUGCAGAACGCCUGUGAUGAAGCCAUCUACCAGCUGGGCUUGGACCUGGAGGACCUGGAGGAGAUGGAGGACGACGCCGGUCUCGGUAACGGAGGACUGGGACGACUGGCAGCUUGUUUCCUGGACUCCAUGGCAACCCUCGGGCUGGCGGCGUACGGUUACGGUAUCCGCUAUGAGUUUGGCAUCUUCAACCAGAAGAUCAGAAACGGAUGGCAGGUGGAGGAGGCAGAUGAUUGGCUGAGGUAUGGGAACCCCUGGGAGAAGGCGCGGCCUGAGUACAUGCUGCCAGUUCAUCUGUAUGGUCGAGUGGAGAAAACCGAGAGCGGAGUCAAGUGGGUGGAUACACAGGUGGUGCUGGCAAUGCCCUAUGACACUCCAGUACCUGGUUACCGGAACAACACGGUGAACACGAUGAGGCUGUGGUCGGCUAAAGCUCCAAACGACUUCAAUUUGCAGAACUUUAACACUGGAGACUACAUCGAAGCAGUUCUGGACAGAAACCUGGCUGAGAACAUCUCCAGAGUCCUGUACCCCAACGACAACUUCUUUGAGGGGAAGGAGCUGCGUCUGAAGCAGGAGUACUUCGUGGUCGCCGCCACGCUGCAGGACAUCAUCCGCAGGUUCAAGUCCUCCAAGUUUGGCUGCAGAGACCCGAUCAGAACGUCCUUCGAUGCGUUUCCUGAGAAGGUGGCCAUCCAGCUGAAUGAUACCCACCCGGCUCUGGCCAUCCCUGAACUGAUGCGGAUCCUGGUGGACAUGGAGAAGCUGGACUGGGACAAGGCGUGGGACAUCACCUGCCGCACCUGUGCCUACACCAACCACACGGUGCUGCCCGAGGCGUUGGAGCGCUGGCCGGUCCACAUGUUUGAGCGGCUGCUGCCUCGACACCUGCUCAUCAUCUACGACAUCAACCAGAGACAUCUGGACAGGGUCGCCGCCAUGUUUCCUGGAGAUGUGGACCGUCUGCGUCGGAUGUCUCUGAUCGAGGAGGGAGACCCCAAGAAGAUCAACAUGGCUCACAUGUGUGUGGUCGGGUCUCACGCUGUCAACGGAGUCGCCCAGAUUCACUCGGACAUCAUCAAGACCACAGUGUUUAAAGACUUCCACGAGGCGGAUCCGGACAAGUUCCAGAAUAAAACUAAUGGCAUCACUCCUCGUCGCUGGCUGCUACUGUGUAACCCCGGCCUGGCGGACGUCAUUGCUGAGAGAAUCGGAGAAGGUUUCCUCACCAACCUCCAGCAGCUACAGAAGAUCCUGCUGUUUCUCAAAGACGAGGCUUUUAUCAGAGACGUGGCCAAAGUCAAACAGGAGAACAAGCUGAAGUUGGCCUCCUACUUGGAGAAACAGAACCAGGUGAGGCUGAACCCAGACUCUAUCUUUGACGUCCAGGUGAAGAGGAUCCAUGAGUACAAGAGGCAGCUGCUCACCUGUCUGCACGCCAUCACGCUGUACAACCGGAUCAAACUGGAGCCUCACAGGGCGUUCGUUCCGCGCACAGUGAUGAUCGGAGGGAAGGCAGCUCCCGGUUACCACAUGGCGAAGCUGAUCAUCAAGCUGGUCACCUCGAUUGGUCUUGUGGUCAACAACGACCCAGGGGUGGGCGACAAGCUGAAGGUGGUCUACCUGGAAAACUACCGAGUGACUCUGGCUGAGAGAGUGAUCCCGGCUGCAGACCUGUCCGAGCAGAUAUCCACAGCAGGAACAGAAGCCUCUGGAACAGGAAACAUGAAGUUCAUGCUCAAUGGAGCUCUGACCAUCGGCACCAUGGACGGAGCCACGGUGGAGAUGGCCGAGGAGGCCGGAGAGGAAAACCUCUUCAUCUUCGGCAUGAGGGUGGCAGACGUGGAGGAGCUGGACAGGAAGGGCUACAACGCUAGGGAGUACUACGAGCGUCUGCCGGAGCUGAAACUGGCUGUGGAUCAGAUCCAGAGUGGCUUCUUCAGUCCCACACAACCCGAACUCUUCAGAGAUCUGAUCAACAUGCUGAUGAACCACGACAGGUUUAAGGUGUUUGCUGACUACGAGGCCUAUGUUGCAUGUCAGGAGCGAGUCAGUGAGCUGUACAAGAACCCCAGGGAGUGGACCAGGACAGUGAUCCGCAACAUCGCUGCAUCUGGAAAGUUCUCCAGCGACCGAACCAUCUCCCAGUACGCCCGUGAGAUCUGGGGAGUGGAGCCCUCUGACGUCAAGAUCCCACCGCCCAACGAACCGCCCAUCGAGUCCCGUAACUGAUCAGGAUUUGUCCUGCAAGUAUUUAACCCAGUGGGUCUGAACUGCACACACUCUGCAAGGUGUUGUCCUCCAGAACACAUGAACUUUGGCUGUUUUUUCUUACAAGUAAUGUUUGUACCUAAAUCCACUUUAACAGAUUUAUAGGCUUUAGUCUUCUAAACAAGAUAUGAACAUGACAAGGACCCGGUCAGAGAAUCCCAGAGUUGUGCUAACAGUGAACUACAACGUCCCCAAUGCAGGUGUUUCUAACAGUAUGUAGCACAAGUCCUCAGUCCUGCUCCCUGUUUGUUUUUGAAACGGUGGCGCUUGUGUCCUGUUCUGUGUUGACACUCCUGCACCGAACAACCAGCCCUCUUACAGAGACCAGGCUUCAGUCUGGAGCUUUAUAACAUGUUCCAGUGUAGACACAUGUUUUUAGUAGGGCUGCACGGUAAAUCGUUGUGUGGGCGUGAUUCUGUCUCAUGUGACAAUGAUUCUGUUGUGUUUGCAUUAGCAGGGAGACACCU